AUGCCUGACCUUCAGAGACUUCAAUCAAGGGAAUCUAUCAACGACUAUUUGAAUAAUGGAAACAGUUAUUUCACAACUCGUCGUAUCAUCGCCAUUACUUUAUUAAGUGUCGGUGUGCUAUGUUUAGUUAUUGUCAUCACAUACAAGAUCGUUCACCACUUUAGAGAGAAAAAGAGAGUUACAAAAAAGGUUGACCAAGAAUUCGUUCCCUUGGCAGAACCUGCUUUUGUCCGUGAGAUCGACCCAGUCUACGUGCCCUCUAACAACCACAAGCCGGAAAAUCCAUUCGAUGAUUCCCAAGCCCUUAUUUCCAACAAUUCCCAUAGCUCACCUUAUCCAAAUGAUGGAAUGGAUACUUCUUACACACAUAACAUGAAUAGCAAGCACAAUUGA